AUGCUCCGCCAGGCUGUUCGAGGAGCUCGAUGGUUUCAGCAUGUACGUCCAUCGAUUGCGCCCCGGCGCGCCUUCGCCGCCAUAGCUCCGCGCUAUCUCGACUUCGGCGGACCAAAUGACAAGGUCACUUUCUACGAUCAGGAUGCUCCCGGAGGCAAAAAGAAACUGAUCGACCCUGAAGCCGAAGAUAAAGAGGAGCGCGAGGAAAUUGAGAAUGAGCUUACGAAGCUCCGAAGAGAGCUAAAGGAACUGGAGGAGGGGCCGUUUAGUCCCAACGGUGCGUUUAUCCAGAGCAUGCCGGAGGAGGAUAGGAAGAUUGCACUCGAAGCCUUACGACAAUACGAUGAGGAGAACCCGUCGGAACUGCAUCUUACGCUGGACGAUGUUUUCGACCAGGAGUUUGACGACAUGUUGAGAGAAGAGUUCGAGGAUCUUGCGAUGGAACAAGAAAACUGGCAGGACGAAGCCAGAAAACAACACAAAUUGGACGCAAUUCGGUCUGCUCAGGCGCUCAGAAGGGCCAAGACUCACCCUUAUGCCAUCAAAUUCGGAGAUUCGUUGAGACGGCUUCAGCAAAAUCUGUCGGACGAAAAAGGGAACCAGGAGCUGUGGAAAUGGUAUCGGCGGUGCAAAGAAGCGGUUCCCGGUUUUCUCACAACAGUUUCCAAAGAAGCGAUUGAUCUUGUGUGGAAAUCACAGACUACCGGAGACUCUGGAAAGAUUACACGAUCAACGCAUUUACAGACCCUUGUGAAGGAUUCAACCUCGGUCGGCCGAUCCCUCACCACCCCUCAAAUCCUUUCCUAUAUAACCGCUCUUCACGAUGGAGGUGCGACAAAUCAGGCAUUGGAGCAGUGGGAGGCAUACCAAGCGGAGUUGUCCGAGAAAAAGGAGGACCUCGAGGAAUACUGGAAGCUCGGCGUGCGGCUUUUUGCGGCGGAAGACAAUCCUCAAAGAGCCCAGGAUAUCGCCUUGGCUUUUCUCGCGAAUGACCCAUCCCGCCAGCCACGGGUUCUUAUUCCCGUCAUCACGGCGUGGGGCAGACUGCCCGGCAAGGAAGCAGAGGUGAAAGCGUGGACCCUCUAUCUGCAGCUAAAAACCUUUUUGGGCACGGAAAUGACCAUGCAAGACUACGAUCAGGUGAGCAUCGGCCUGCUUACAGCUGGUCGGUUGGACACUGCAGUCGCUAUCUUCAAGGACAUGAUGGUGACGGGGCAAGACACGGCGAAUGACUCGACGGCGCUAUACAAGGCCGCUCUUGGUGUCGCUGGCAAUCUUCAUGCUUCAAGUAUUGAUGAACAUGCUGUGAACAAAGUCUCUUUGUCUGCACUCACGGUACUGCCGCGUCAAUUCCAGAAUCGAUUCUUCUAUGCCAGUUGGAUGAAAAAGCUCAUUGGAAUGGGCGAGGUCGACUCUGCUGCACUUGUUAUCGAGCUGAUGUAUGAGCGAGGCGUGAAGCCAGACAUCAAGCACUUGAAUGGCAUCAUUGGGGGCUGGCUCCGAGAGGGCAAUGCAGGCGCAAGGGACAAAGCAGAACGACUUGGGUGGGCCAUGAUCCAGCGCCGGAUUGAUGCUGCAUGGAAGCGGUUUCAAAUCACUGCCAAGGCUCCCCAGGUUCAGGUCACUCACCAAGAGAACAACAGCCGCAUUCCCAAGUUCUUGCAACGAGAAGUUCCUUCCGCCAGCAUAGAGACAUUCUCCAUCCUGCUUCUGCACUACACUCGCCGGGGUGAUGACGACAUGGUCAAGUAUUUGAUCAAAUGCCUAAGCGAUGCGCAGAUCCAGCCGAACUCCUAUUUCAUAAACCACUUACUCUACGCCGAACUGCGAAAGCAAGACAUUCGGUCCCUCUGGUCCAAGUUCCAGGCGAUGUCAUCGACCAUCCGCCCCGACCUAGAAACCUAUGCCUGCCUAUGGGACUGCGCCAAGCUCCAAUACGACCGUGGGCGGACAGCUUUCGACUCCGGGUUUCCCACGGCACGCCAGCUGUAUGCUUAUAUGAUACGCUGGCAUUCGCAGCUCUCCCCGCGCGGUCAAAAAACCGCCAAGGCCCAGUUCUCCAAGGACCUAUACGACCAGAUUGUGCGUUGCUUCUGUCUCUCCAAAGAUAUUCCUGGUACUUUAGUGGCACUCCAUUCUCUGUGGGCAGUAUUUGGGUAUGCACCCGACGACAUCACUGCCCGCCUGAUUGUCCUCCAAAUCGCGCGGCUGGCCGGCGUACCCACAAACACCCCGAAACGCCGCCUCCGACGCCUGUCCUCCACCCCACGAAGCAAAGAGAACAUCGGGCAGGUCAGCCGGUUACUGGACAUGCUGGGUGAACGCAAAGCCGCAGCUUUGCAGGUCCACGGAUUGAAGCUGGACCAGCUCGACCCGCACGAAAAGCGGCAGCACCAAGUUGAGAUCAUGGCGAGUCUUCUACGCAUUGUGCUGAGCCGAACCGAUGAACUAGAUCCUAUCAGAGUCGAAGAAAAGCUCGCCCAAGCGGCGACGGAUAUGCAAGUGGAGGGACUGGAUCUGGGAUCGCCUUUGGGGGUCGAUGAUAGCCAGCUGCUGUAG